AUGGUCUAUUGCAGUGUUUCGAACUGUUCAAACUGUUCAGGAAAGGGUUAUUGUUCUUCUAAAGGAAUUUCUUAUCAUUGUUUUCCGAUAAACCCAGAAGUUAAGGAAAAAUGGAUUUUGGCAACAGGGAAAAAAAAUUGGUUUCCUUCUAAACAUAGCAAAAUAUGUUCAGCACAUUUUCAAGAACAGGAUUUUAAUCCUACAAGAAAACGCCGUGUUCUUUUGGAUCAUGCUUAUCCGACUAUUCACGUUUGGACAACUUCUGAAAAUGUAUCAGAUAUCCAAGUUAACGUAACACCAUCAAAAUCUCCGUCACCUUCUAUGUCAUCCAAAUCUAUUAAGCGAGCGAUACAGUUAGAUCCGGACAUAAUGGAAACUCCCAGAAAACGAAAAAUGCAACGUAUUAUAAACGAAAAGGAAAAUGUUAUAAAAACUCAACGAUCGAAAAUAAAAUGUUUACAAGGAAAUGGCGAUAUCAGCCUUACCGGGUAUGGCUGCGCAUUUCCUCCAACUCCGAACCGAACAGACGCGAUAGCUUGUAGCAUUGCACAUCCUUGCUGCAUGAAAUAG